AUGUUUCUGCGUCGUCUUCUUUUCUCUGGAGAAAGAGGAGACUCGGGAGAGAAACCAUUUUCUGAACGGUGGGAGAUGGUGAGCUCAGUGACGACGCUGCUUCUAUGUAGUCUUCUUCUUCUCGGAACCCUAAGCGCGAUUCAGGCCAAAAAGUCCAAGGAGAAUUUAAAGGAGAUCACACACAAGGUUUAUUUCGAUGUUGAGAUUGAUGGGAAAGAAGCUUGUAGUGUGACCUUGUUCCUGAUAUCGUCAUCUCAUCUAUUCACAGGGGAGAAAGGAAUAGGUAAGAAAGGGAAGGCUCUACAUUACAAGGGGAGCUCAUUCCAUAGGAUCAUACCAAGCUUUAUGCUCCAAGGAGGCGAUUUCACUGAUGGCAAUGGUAUGGGAGGAGAGUCUAUCUAUGGUGAGACGUUUGCUGAUGAGAACUUCAAACUCAAGCAUACUGGUCCAGGGCUUCUAUCAAUGGCAAACGCCGGGCAAGACACCAACGGAUCUCAGUUUUUCAUCACAACAGUGACUACAAGCUGGUUGGACGGGAGGCACGUAGUAUUCGGGAAGGUAGUGUCGGGAAUGGACGUGGUGUACAAAAUCGAAGCUGAAGGGAAUCAGAGCGGAACUCCUAAGAGUAAAGUUGUGAUUGUUGACAGUGGUGAGCUUCCUCUCUAA